AUGGAUCCUCCCUGGUUCACAACGCCAAACGAUUUCAGUGAAUUCCACAAUUUCGGUCAACCAUUUCCUGGCACCCACCAACCUCCUAGUUUCAAUGUUCCAGCUCCUCACGAACAGACUCUUGAUGGACAAUUUGUCAUAGACCAGAGCCAUUCAUAUGCUCCACCGGAUCCAGCUUAUGACUCCUUCAUCCAAGGACUCCAGGAUGGCUCCUCUGUUGACAACAUGGAUGGUUUGGGGGCCGCCCAAACUACGCCUAUUCCUACAACGGGUCCUACCCGAAAGAGCAGGAAGAAAAAGGCCCCGACUCUACGUGAUGAGGACUUUGAGCCAUUCAAAGACCGAAUCCUCGAACUCUAUGAGACGCAAAAGUUGCCACUUCAGAAGGUCAAAUCCAUAAUCGAGGAGGAAUUCGGCUUCACCGCUCAGCCACGACAGUAUCAGACCCGAAUAACCAAAUGGGGCAAAGACAAGAAUGUCAAGAAAGUGGAGAUGAAAGCCAUCGUCCGGAAGCAUCAACAAAGAGAGAUUGUCGAGACUGAUAAAAGGAAGCUGUGUUUCACCGUCAGAGGCAAAGAGGUUGACGCCGGUAAGAUCGACCGAUGGAUGGACAGGAAUAAUGUUCCACGAAAUGAUCUGUAUGCUCCGAGUUCUGCAGCAUUCGAUUGCAGAACAAUCUCUGACAGAGGCUCCCUUGCCCACAGCCCAGCCUUAUCAGAAAUGAGCCUCACCUUCUCCUCCGGUGGCAUCACACCAGUAGCCCAAAGUCCAGUGGCAUCUUCUCCCGCACUCUCCGUACGAGGAAUAAUUCAAGGCCGCGGCAGUAAUUUCACCGGACAAAGUCCAAUGCCUUUCUUUCGAGCUCUUCCAGUCCAACUCCCGGCUUCCGAUCUAUCAGCUACAAGUCCUGCUUAUCCACCGUCAAGAUCUACAUUAGUCCCCCAGCAGUAUCGUUACAAACAAGAUGAAGAAGAUCGUCUACGAUCAGAACUAUCUGUGGCAGAGGCCUUGUUCGGCUCCGAGCAUGUUGAGACCCUCCAUAUAUUGACAAUGCUGGCUGAAGUUCUUCUUCUUCAAGGGAGAUACAGAUCCGCCGAAGAGAUGAUUCGCAGAGCGGUUGCAGGCUAUCUGAAGAUAGCGAGGGGUGACGAUAGCCGCACUCUCAAUGAUUUGGGGCUAUUGGGGCAAGUUCUAAUUUAUCAGGGCCUCUAUCUCCAAGCCUCAAAACUCCUGGAAGAAUUACUUGAAACCGAAAGGGUGGCUUUUGGCGACGAGCAUCGAUCGACUCUGUCCUGCAUGGCAAUUCUGACAAAGCUGUAUUUGUAUUGGGGCCAGUGGGACAAGGUUGCUUUGCUUGCUGAACGAGUGCUAGAAAUAUCAAAGAGGAAAUGGGGUGAAGCGGACUACGCUACGAUGAAGAGCAUGGCGGACCUGGGACUGGCAUACAUGUGGCUGAGCCGAUUAGAAGAAAGCAAGCAGCUGAUGGAACAGGCCUUCAAAUUAAGCAAAAAUGCCUUCGGGGAGGAGGAUUUUCUGACGCUGAAUAUCAUGUCCUACCUGCAAGCUUUAUAUGCACGACAGAGCAAUUGGGUUGAGGCAGAGGUGACUGGAAUGCAAGUUGUCAAUACUUGCAUGAGAACAUUAGGCGAAGAACACCCGAGAAUCCUGGUUGCCAAAGCAGAUUUAAUUGGUAUAUAUUGCGGUCUAGGGCAACUAAAGAAAGCUGAAGAGACAGGAGAGCAAGUGCUCGAGGGGCUGAAGAGAACACUUGGGGAGAAGCAUCCUCAGACACUGCAAACUGCAAGAAACCUAAUAAAUGUAUACAGGAAGCAAGAUAAACAUGUAAAGGUUGAGGAGCUCGGGAGGUAUAUUCAGAAGAUGAAAAGGGGUGAGCGGGAGGAUACCUAG